UCAGACUGUGAAGCAGAUGAUGAAGACACUGCAGUCUUCAAGCCAGUCUUCUCAAAAGCUACAGAAGAUCAAGUGGCUCUCACUUCUGAAGCAACAGCUGAGGAUCUCCAAACAUUUCCGGAAACCUCACCUGCCCUCGAAACGGAAACCUCACCCACACUUCAGGAAACUUCACAUGUUUCUGAAAUGGUUCUAACUAAAGUUGUUCAAGAGAAGGCAACCCCUCCCCCACAAGAACAGAACCAGGAAACAGCAGCAGAAGAAGAAGAAUUUCAGCCACGAAUCCAAUCUCAAGUCUUGGAGAUUCUCACCACUCCUUGUGAGAUCUCCAAUCCUACUGAAAUUGAGAUCCCGGAAAAGCCAGCUGAAAUUCCGGAACAGUCAGCUCUUCCAGAAACAAUGGAGCAAGCUGUUGAAGCACAGAGGGAUUCUGGAGAAGCUGCAAAGGAAGAUCAAAUGGCAGAACUAGAGGUCUCUGAAACUCAAGUAGCCAUCUCUGAAGAAGAGAAUACAGCUGAAGAAAGAGACUCCCUCUCUAGGGAUAUAUCAAAUUUUGCGCUUGAAACAGAAGGAGAAUCUGAAAGAACGCUGAAGGUCACUGAUGAAGAAGAUGUCCAAGAAGAUGUUGAAUCUCUUCCUAUGCAACUCUUCCAAAGAACACCAUCAUCUCAUCAGGUAACCAACUUUCAUUUCCAUAGCUCUUCCACCCCUGCUCUUCCGGAUGAGAUACCGGAAAUCUGGACAAAGAAGGUCCAAGGGCUGAUUGAAUCAGCCCUAGCAUCUCAACAUGCCUCCUUUAGGCAAGAGAUAGAACAAAUGGAAGUAGUGACCAAAGACUACUUGAAGGUGAUCAUUGACAAUCAAAAGGAAGCAUUCAAGCUGUUCAGACUUAUUGGUGCAAACUCUGGAAACCGCAAGAUGGAAGUAAUUCUCCAACAACACAGUCCAUCUCCAAUACCACAGCUUCCUAUUGCAAUCAAAGAAGGAGAAGUAUCUUAUAUUCCUUCUCAUCUGAACUUGACAAAUCUAAUCCUUGAAGCACAGCAAAGAAAUCCGGAAAACUCAGCACAACUUCUAUCCAGCUCAGGACUGGAUGGAACAGAAUUUAUAGGUACAGUUGUUGACCACUUCUCAAAUGAUGCUCAAUCAGAAGAAAGACGUGAAAAUUUAAGACGCAUCAAAGAACUGUGUGGGAACAUGAAGGGCAUCAGUGAAGUUGCCGGAUCUUCAAAGCGCAAGAGAAACUGAAGGUUCUUUACAUCAAAACAGGGGGAAA